AUGCAACGAUCCAAGUCGAUUGAAAGCAUCACAUCAGCAACAUCAUCAUGUCGAGGUGGAGAAAAAAAAACUUCACCAACACAUAUGUUAAUUCAAAAUGAAAUCGAUAAUAAAAUUUUGUUGUUGCCAGUAGCCCAUUUGGUUAAUAGUUCAGUAACACGUAUUAAAAUUAAUGCUACAGCAACAUUCAAAAAAGAUAUUGAUGAUCGAAAGCAACAUCGAGGAAAGAUUAUUCAGUUGGGAACCAAGGAAAUAUGUAUGGAGCAGCUUCAAGUUUUUGAAAUGACAGCUGAUGCUAAUGAAGAAAGUACAACUGAUGAUGAAAUUAAUCAAAUAAAUAAAAAUGAAGAAUAUGACAAAAAAAAAAUGUCCUAUUCCAAGAAUCAAACAACAAAUAUUAUGAAAAAGAAGCAUGAUAUGAAAUCAAAACUUGUUCAAAUCGAUGAAGGAGUUAAUGAAUCAAAUGGUAAUGAAGAUCAAGCAUGUCGUAUUGCAACAAAUAAUUCAUCAAAUGAUAAAAUACCAUCAACAAAAUCUAUACAUAAUUCAUCAACAAUCAAAUCUAAAAAUAAUACAAAAGCUUCUUCAAUGAAUGUAUUUCAAACUGAACACCGAAAUGAAUCAUCACAACCUUCCAAUAGUCAAAUAAUUAUUAAUGUUCAACCUCGAAGCGUCAACAAUUGUCAAAAUGAUGCUACAGUACUCGAUUUUUCAAGCUCAGGUAAAUUUUUAGCCAUACCUGAUGCUGCAGGACGUCAAUGGUUUAUCAAUAUGGGAAAAUUUUUUGCUAAUAAAGCACCUGAUUCAGAUAUUUCGAAAUAUGCAACUGCUUUGGACAUAAAUGAUCCACGAGAUCUAAUUGAUUGCAUAGAAGAUACAACAUCAAAUACAGCUCGACAAGUAAUUCGACUUUUAUAUUCACCGAAUCAAUUGUUAACUAUGACAGGAACAGAAGUACCGAAAAAUACACGAUCGGCAAUUCGAGAAUUUGCUGAAUCACAAAAAGGUCCAAUAUCAAAGCGCCAAUUUAAUGAAGCUAUUAAUGGUGUAUUUCGAGCAACAAAAUGUGAAGUCAAAAAAAAAAAGAAGAAAGAAAAUAGCUUAAUGGUAUCAGAAAGUAACAGCAACCUUGGCAAGCACAUCAAUUGUCAGAAUAAAAGCUAUAAAACUUCAAAACAAAUGAUGAAUAAGCAUCAACGUUCAACAUCAACUGAUUUAAAUUCCAAUAAAGAAAAUCAUAAUGGUGAAGAAGAUCCAACAGACAGUCAAUGA